CCCCUCCCUCUCUCCCUCUCUCCCCCUCUCUCUCUCUCUCUCCCCGCCACCAUGGUUGAUGCUUUUGUUGCUACCUGGAAACUCACCGUUAGCGAGAACUUCGACGAGUACAUGAAAGCCUUGGGUGUUGGUUUCGCUGUGAGGCAAGUGGGCAAUGUUACCAAACCUACAAUCAUCAUCAGCAAAGAAGGGGAUAAGGUCGUGAUCAAGACUCAGAGCACCUUCAAAAACACCGAAAUCAGCUUCAAACUCGGGGAAGAGUUCGACGAGAGUACACCGGACGACAGAAACUGCAAAUCAACGGUGUCAUUGGACGAUGACAAACUUGUCCAUGUGCAGAAGUGGGACGGGAAGGAAACCACCUUUGUCAGAGAGAUCAAGGAUGACAAAAUGGUUAUGACCCUCACAUUUGGUGACAUUGUCGCUGUUCGUACCUACGAAAAAGCGUAAUGUUCCGAACCUCGUCAGAGCCGAUCCGCUCCUGUUUACUGGACUCAACUAUAGUGUUUGAAAAUCUGGAGCGACUAUUUGUAUGGCAUUUACUGUGACUCCCUGCGUGGUGUUUGCAGGAAUUUCCAUUGGUGGAGCCACUCUAUUGAACCUCUGUAACAAGAUCGAAAUACUGCAUUGUUUUUUGUUGUAAGUUUAACCGAAUAACAUUUUUUUGUAAUAUCUAUAAAUCACUUAUCGUUUUUUUUUUAUUUUUUAUAAAACUUGAGCGUUGGAGGUACGUGUCGCAACGACGAAUUGGCUAAUAAAGUUUUGCUCUGGAACUGA